AUGUUUCUGGAGGAACUAUUUGGUAGUUGUGCGGCACUUUUCUCGAGUUUAAUUAUUCAAACACCACCAAUAUCCCGAGAAAAUCCGCAAAGGGAAUACACGUUGAUAUCCCUGCCAAAUCCUGAACAAGACGAAGUAUACGACGGCUUAAUACACCGUGAGUACGAACAAGAGGCACCGACCGAGGUCCCUUAUUAUGAAGAUGGGACGUUUGUUUCGAUGCAAGCUGACACAAGGCGAAAUUUCUGCGAAUCAUCAAUCCGAAGUUUGAAGGCAAAUGUCGGAUUAAUAACGGCGGUUGUUUUCGUAUUAGGUUCACUCGCAGUUGGAGUCGUCUACGUGGAGUUUAAUUCAAAUGACGCUUGUGUACAAUGGAUGCACAAAAAUCUUACUAUUCCAGCGCACGUACAGACAUUACGGAUUGUUGGAAUGUCUGUCCGAUUACUACCGUUGUUUUCAUGGUUUCCAGCAUGCAUCACCUUGUUGUGGGGUUUCAGAGAGUCCAAAAAGAAUUACCUUGCGUGUUUAUUUUUCUGCGCGUUUGUACCAGGAUCCAUAACUUGUGUUUAUCGAAUUAUUAUGCUGGAUAAGUUUACAAAAGUAGCUUAUAACCCAUACAGGUUAGUACAUAUAGUAAACUGGUUUAUACUAGCAUAAAUACUAGUUUGCAAAUAUUCUAUAAAAUCUUGUUGAAUUUUACGACAACCACUUGGAAUUUGAAAGUACAGAGGGCUAAACCCUAGAAUAGUCUUCCUCUUGAUACUAAACUUCCGGAAUCAAUUUACUCUUUUAAAAAGAUUUUAUGAAACAGGAUGUUGAUCGGGCAUCUGCACUGUAACAUCAAUUGUAAUAUUUUGUAACGGAUGGUAAAAAACUUGCUCUUUCCCUUCCUCACCGAGUUAAAAUUGUUUAACACCCUUCGUGGAACCGUUGACAAGGCAAGGAUUAUUAAAAAAAGUUUUGCAUCGAUUCAGUAAUUACGAGGGAGGGAGGGAGGGAGGAUGGGAAGGAGGGCAGUGGGGACUUUGUGAAGUGUCGACAUUGACAUUGUUUGUGACAAGUUUCUUUGGGUUUUUUAUAGACUCCUAGCUCAUUUUCUAUUUGUGUCUUCUAUUGCCUGUGGUGCUUACCUAGUUGCUCGUAAAUUCAAGAAAGUCAACCCAGCAACAUCGUACGGUGUGUUCCGCAUUUUUUUCAUUCUUUCGUUCGCUUUCCUAAGUUCCUGCUUAUUUGCCUACAUCUACACGUUUAUUAUCAUCAAGUAUUUUAGAGAAACUGAAGGCAAAAUAAAGAAAGCCGUAAUCGCCGCAGUCACACCCGGAAUGGUUUUCCCAGUGACUGCAUUUGUAAAAUACCUUAUUCUCAGGAAGAGUUCGGAGAUUAUUACACCAGAUCGAGCUUUUGUGUUGUGUUAUUUCCUACGCGGGGGUGCAAUUGUGCUAUACCGAACUAUGCAGUCUGGUUUUCAAGAUAUCCGGCUUUUUGUUGGUUUAUCACUGUUACAUGGUAUCUCAAACGCUCUGAGUAAGGCAACUCUUAACCUUCGUAUAAAACUUUGGAGGUUGUUCAUAAAAUAUUUUAACAGAAUAUGCUGUGGACCAAGAUUGGAAGUACAACCUUUAAAUUUGCCAUGUAUUCGUCGAUUCAACGCAGAUCUUGAAAUUCAGAAUAUCUUGUUCGAGUACACCACGGUCAUCUUAAGUCAGGCGUAUUUAGCAUGUUAUCUUGUAAUGAGCUACGAUGUUCCGUCCUGGCAAGUGAUAAAAGCUUCCUUAAUCCGGGUAGCGAUAAGUUUGGCCAUAGAUUUUGCAUUCAAUAUUAUGUCUGUGUUCAUUCAGAUUCACUUUUAUGACAUUCCGAUGCAAAAGAUUUGGAUGAAGUACUGGAGACGACAUGUCAUUGCUAACGCUAUCAUGAUCAUCGUUUUUGUGGCAUAUUUUG